AUGAACCCCAACCCUCUCAUCUAUUGCACCUGCUUGGACCCCUGGAACUUGGGACCACGGAAGCUAAUCAAGACCCCUCGGCCACCAAAUAAGGCCCCCACAGGGAGGUCCAAGCUAGCUCCCCUUCUACCAGCUUCAAAACAAUACAAUCACCUCCAACCAACAAAACCUGUUGUUGCCCCGAAAGCGAAAUUCCAUUUAGGAAGGCAAGAGGAGAGCAAUAAAUCAUCUUAUGAAGUGAUCGACGUGUCACCCGGCUAUCAACUCUUUCGGAAUCGGGAGCAGAUUUCCGUCACCUUGGGGGACGAGAUGUUCGAUGGGAAAAAGCAGCUGGAAUCAGAGAUCAUGGACAAAGUCAAAAUUUCCAGGACUGAUAUUGUUUCUGACCUAGAAGAGCAGAUCUCAGAGCUGACAGCAAUAAUAGAACAAAUGAACAGAGACCACCAGUCUGCCCAGAAAUUGCUCUCUAAUGAAAUGGAUCUGCGCUGUGCUGAGAUGAAACAGAACUUUGAAAACAAGAACAGGGAGCUCAAAGAGGCUCACAAAACGGAGGUCACUGAGUUGGAGAACAAAUUCAGAGCAGCCUUGAAGGAGGAGAAGUUGGCCGCCCAAAAGAAGCUAGAGGAGAUGGAAAAGGAAUAUAAGUAUUUGAAGAAUAUGUUUCAUAUGUAUCAGGAUAGCAUUUAUGAUGAAAUGGAAGAUAAAUGGUCAAAGCGGAAGGCAGAAUGGGAGAAAGAUGAGAAGUUGGAGCGGGAAAAGAUGCUGCUACAGCAAAAAAAUAAAAUGACAAAAAAGUUUGAGUUAGAGUCAGAAGAAGAAAAGAAGAAAAUAAACGAAUCCUACAGUGCUGUCUUUGAGAACUUCAUUCGAGAGAAGGAGGAGCUCUUGAAACAACAUGACAGUGACACCUUGCAAAUAGAGGAGCUGAGAAAGACCAAGGCGGUCAUAGAGGAAGAGUUGCAGACACAAGCUCUCAUCCUAGAGUCACUUAACACAAACCUCUACCAUACCCAGUUGGAACUCCAGAGAGAGAAAGCUGCGGUGGGAAAUCUGGAGAAAACGCUGCAGACCAAGCUUGCUGAAGCUGAGGAAAAGUAUAAGUACACCAUACAGAUCCUGACAAAGGAAAACAAUCAUCUAAGGCAAAAUAUAAUUGCCAAGAAUGAAGAAAUUUAUGAAGGACGUUCUGGGAGAUUGGCUUCUAGUACUGCUUAUGAAGAUGAUUCUGACAUCUUAGAAGAUGAUAACAGCAAAGGACAAGAAUGA